AUGGCAGUGUUACUGAGGACGAUUGUUGAUAAUUCCUACAGCACUGCCAGCGCCAGUUACGCAACUACGCUUGCUUCCAGCGUUAAAAACUAUGUAUAUGCGCCGAAUGAUGAAAUCGAACAAGAUCGAAUGGACUUGACGCAUCAUAUAUAUAAACUACUUUUAGGUGGUGAUAUAUACGUUUCGCCGAUUAAAUCGAAUGCACAGCGGGUUCUUGAUAUUGGUACAGGCACUGGAAUAUGGGCAAUUGACUUCGCAGACGCACACCCAGAGUCAGAGGUUAUAGGAAACGAUCUGAGCCCCAUCCAACCAUCAUGGGUCCCCUCGAACUGCUCGUUUGAAAUCGACGAUCUUGAAGCAGCAUGGCCUUACAGCCGACCAUUCGACUUCAUCCACGCACGCGAACUAGCCGGAUCGAUAUCAGAUUUUGACAAAUUAUUCGCACAGGCAUACAAGCACUUGACUCCGGGCGGGUUCUUUGAGAUCCAAUCGAUUGAACCAGCAUUCUACAGCGAUGACGGAACGCUCUCCAAGGCAAAAAAUGCAGUGAGAUGGGGGGAUUUAGUAUUGGAAUCUAGUGCAAAGUUUGGGAAGGCGUUGAAUGUCGUCCCGUCUCUGCCGGAUAAGUUGAAGAGUGUUGGAUUUCAGGAUGUUUCGACCAAUGUUUUGAAGCUCCCCAUCGGUUCCUGGGCCAAGGACAAGAAGUUCAAGGAAUUGGGUCGGUUCCAGCAGUUGCAGGUCCUGGAGGCGUUGGAGCCGUACUCGCUCUUUCUAUUCACGAAGAUUCUGGGGUGGACGAUUGCAGAGACACAGGUGCUGAUAGCCGGGGUGCGAGCGGAUAUCAAGAAUCGAGAGAUACAUAUGUACAACUGGGUACAUUUCACGUACGGCAGGAAACCUCUAGAUGCGCCUGGGGGGUCGUGA